UUUCCAGCUAAUGACCUCGACUCUUUUUUUGACUGAGCUCUUUUAGUCCCAGGUUUGCCACCUUCUUUUCUCACUGUUGUGGCUAAGAAGGGGGCCAGCCGACGCAUUGUGAGCUACAGAGGAGAGGUGAACGCUUUUGGAAUUUUUUGGGUGCAAAAACAUUUGGCAGCACUCUUUUAGCAUGUUGCUCUGAAGCACUGCUGUGGGACCAGACAGUGCUCAAGAGGAGGAGGAGGAGGAACAGCUACCCAGCAGCUCUGGUUUCCGGCCUCUGCAGCACCCUUUGUGUAUGACAAUUCAUUUUGAGUGCAGGACAGCUAAGGAGGGUGGGGAGUGGGGAAGGAUGAGCACAAACAGAUCCUCUUGGGACCAGGCUGUUCUCCAGCCUCCGGUGUGUGAUGCCUGGAAGGAGACUAUGGAGGAAGCAGCCUACCAGCUGGCCAGCUGCAUUGUCCUCCUGGGUUACAUGGGGGGAAAUGGGAUCUUUGGGUCCCUCUAUAUCUUUGGCCUCCUGGCCCCAGGUUACUUCUGCUAUGCUCUGUGGGGCUGGCUAAAAGCUUGUGGGCUGGAUAUCUUCAUUUGGAACAUGCUGCUGGUCUUCGCCUGCUUGCUUCAGCUGGCUCACCUGGCUUACCGCCUCCGUAGAAACACCAUCCCAGAAGAGUUUGACCUCCUCUACAAGACCAUGUACCUGCCCUUGCAGGUGCCCCUGGAAGUGUACAAAGAGAUUGUGAAGUGCUGUGAAGAGCCAGUCCAGUCACUAGUCAGAGAACAGAAUUAUGCAGUGGAGGGCAAGACGCCCAUUGACCGCCUCUCAUUGCUGCUGUCUGGCAGGAUCCGAGUGUGCCAGGAUGGACAAUUCCUUCAUUACAUCUUUCCAUACCAGUUCCUGGACUCUCCAGAAUGGGAGUCACUGCGACCCUCUGAGGAAGGAAUUUUCCAGGUCACGCUGACAGCUGAGACUGAUUGCAGUUACAUCACCUGGCCGAGGAAGAAGCUGUAUCUCCUCCUGAGGAAGGACCACUACAUUGCCUGGCUCUUUUCCUCCCAUCUGGGCUAUGACAUCUCAGAGAAGCUCUACUCCCUCAAUGAGAAGCUCUUUGCCAAGUUUGGCCUUCGCUUCGACAUCCGCUUGCCCAGCCUCUACCAUGUCCUUGGGCCAGCCUCCUCUGAGGGGAAGUCAGGGGACUGUGAGGAGCUGCUGCCUGGCUCUGGUCAGGCCAGCAUGUCUGAGCCACCACUGCAGCAGCCGCCACCACCACCACCACCACUGGCUCUGCGCCCCCAGGCUUCCCAACCUGACAGUGACCUGCUGGGUGAGGACUCCACCAGUCUUGUCUUGGAAGAUUUUGCUGAGUUGCCGGGGUCUUUUAUGGACUAUGUGAGCGAAGGGGAGUAUAUGAAGUGAAGGCACUCCUGGCAUGGGCAUACCUCACCCUGUGUGGGACCCUUGUGUAAGUACCCACUUGCAGAGCAUCUGCCGUGAUGCAUCUGCCUGGACAGAGCAAUGGCCUCCAUUUGCCAUGGGUUUGCACCUCUGCAGUGGUUCCUGGCCUGCUGCCCCAAGGAGUACCAGAAGGUGGACUCAAGCUUUGUGGUUUUCUUAAGGAAAUGCAGCAGGGCAGAGGCUUGACUCCAGUCACUAGCUGUACUGUGGGGUAUAAAAGCCAGUAACCUGGCCAUAGAAAGCUCUUCCCUGCCCAGUUCUCUCCCCAUCCCUGAAGAGAGGCAGAAACACUGAAAUGAUGUCCGGGCGGGCAGGUGAUACACAAGUGGUCACAGAGACCAUGAGGUAGAGCUAUGCCAGGAGAUACUCCAGUAGUGAGCUGAGCAAGAGCUCUGCAGGUGAGAGAGCACACAUCCCUGGAGAUGCCAACAGGACUAGAAACAUCUCCAGAGUUUAUAGCAGUUUGGUAGCAAGGAGUUGCUAUACAUCCUGCAAGUGCUCAGUCUGGGCAGGGCGACGUGAGAGUCCUUCCUCUCUCUGUCCACCACAUCAGAGCAUUUGAUCUGCCCUCCUUGUUUCUGCCGAGAUUCAUCUCUGCCAGAUCAGUAAGGUGUUGAAAAGUCUGCCGUGGGUGCUAUGAGUCUUGCCUUCAGUCACCCGGGGUGGACUGGCAGGGUAAACUUUGUUUUAAGAUACACCAAACUCUGCUUUCCAGUGAGUGGGAAUGAGAUGCUAUCUUCCAAAAUGCCAGCUCCUUACUCCACAAGGGAAAAACAUUCUUGUGCCUGGUGAUUGUUGAGGCAGAGGAAUAGUGCAGGCAAACAGAAAUAGAUGGGAGAGUGGCUUGUACUUGAGAUUCAAAUCCUAGUGGCCAAGAGAGAAAUUCCACCCUGAGCUACUUUUAGCUAGCCACUGCAUGCCAGCUGCUGCACACCAGCUGAAGACCCCAAAAUGUGCAUUCCCACUGCCACCCACAAUAAUACAGCUGCCAAGCACCAAGCUUGGGAUUUGGAUUUCUGUCCUAGAAGUGACCCCUGCAUGUAUCUCAGCUGGGUCUGCACAGCAGGGAGGAAGUUGCAAGGCUGGGCUGCAGCUGGGGCGGCUGCCUUCCAUCAGGCAGCCUUGAACACUGAGCAGCAUUGCACCCUGAUCUUCUCUGUGCCUGCUUGGAUCUACUUCUGCCUGUGCUGUGGACUCAGUGGCAGGGAGCAUUGGCUCCUGGCAUGAGCCUUGACAAGUCUGCAAUAUUCUUCAUAUUAUCUGGGAUGUAAAAAAGUGGCCAGGGAAAGCCAGGUUUUGGCUAAAUCAGAUGAAGAGUUAGCAAGAGUUUUGAUUAGGGUUUUGUUGCUGAGGUUGUUUGGUUUUGUGUAGUUGGUUGUUGUUGUUUUCUUUUUUAAGGAGGCACAGAGAGAAAAAAAAAAUAAAUACACAUUUGUCCUAGGAAUGUGAAGCCCCUGGUUUUGCUGGUCAGCCUGCUGGAGAGAUGAAUUUGCAGCAUUUUCAGUCCUUACUUGGAGAGGCAGGAACACUGAAUCACUUAUGAGGCAUCCAUCCUCCUAGCUGUCGGAGUGUCUGUGAAAACAUGCAACCACAAUGAAUGCAAGUAGAGUUGGGAACAUGGCAAAGUCACUUUGCCUGUGCUUUGAUUCUAUUUUGCCUUCUCAGAAGGAGGAUAAAUAUUCUACUAUCACUGGUAGAAUUAUCCUACUUGAUCAAGUUAAAAUUUUUUUUUUAAUUACACCCAUUUUUGGCAGUAAGGCAAUACUGUGAACAUACGCACAGGAGGUGUGUGUGUGUCUGUGUGUGUUGGGCAAAACUUUGCUACACAGCAAAAAGUUAUUCCUUCUUUCACACAGUCCUGUUGUGAGCUGGAAGCUUUUGUCUUUCUAGAUGUUGUGACUGAGACAGUGUCAAGGACUGCUUUUAUUCGCAGCAGAAACCUACAAUAAAAACCCAGAUGUUUAGAGGCUUGCAUUUGAGGUGGGAAAGGAAGAUGAUCUUCCUUGUCUAUCAGUCUGGAGACAAUAGACAGUGUGAUAUUUUAAUUUUUAAGGUAAUUAGACUAGGAAUCAAAAACUCUGUUUAGUGUGCUCAAAUGGUUCUCUGUUACCCUAUCUGGCACUUGUGUGUCCUAACCACAUCACAUCCCAGCACAUCCCAUAUCACAUCCCAGUGGCACAACAGCAGUUGUAACAUCUGGACAGUAUUCCACCGUGAUUUGAGUACCUCACCACAAAAACUAGUGAUACAGAGGGGUUGCAGGCUCCAUACAAGCACUUGUCACAGCUCAGCAAAUAAUCUGAGCAGGUCUGCCGUGGCUCAGGUAAACUUUCAUAACUUUUUCCUACAUCUGUAAUAAACAGGGAAACCCCCUGCAUUGUCAUUGUUCAAGGUAAGUCCCUGAGGUCGGAGCUUCUCUGGGGCUUUCCCCUCUUCUGUGCUCUCAUCUCCUUCCCCAGUAAUUUUCAAUGUGGGUAAUCACCUUACAGUUCUCUAAAUUCCCCAUGCUGAAGUGCUUCUGUGGGUCAUGUUCCUUUUCCUUUUCUGUCACUACAACAGCCACCUUGUAACACUACAGUUCAGGAGGGCUAUUCUUGAAUGCCUAAAAUGCUACAAAAGUCAUACCCCAGAAAAUAUUAAUGGAAGAUAUAUUGGCCUACUAUUCAUCUUGUCUAGUUCCUUGAAAGCAUUUCUAGUCUGCUUAUGAGUAAGAUGGACUGUGAUAUCCCACUGAUGAGCACAUUCUUUCUAUAAGGAGGAUGCUGCCUGUUUGAAGGAGGCAGGUUCAAAGGUUCUGUUCAGUACUUGCUUUAACUGUGUACUGCUGUAUAGCUCCAGAGGAAAUAAACAUUCCUUGCAUGGAAAUGUAAACAACUAAGACCAACCUGCUUUUUCUCCUGUUUGUAUUGCAUUUGUUCUAGUAUGUUGAUUUCAAGUGUUUGCAGGAUAUGUAGCUGUUGCAUCUUGGUUUUUUACAGUUAUAUCUUGGGGCUGCCUUUCUCUUUGGCGCAUGAGAUGGGUAGAUGGAUGCUUGAUGGUCUGCAACUUGGUAUCUAAAUUAGUAGUUAAUGUUUUGUACCUGCUUUGACAGCAAAGGAGAAGGAGCUAUGGGCUUUGUUUAACCAAUAACACAGAAGGCACUUUGGAAGGCUUUGUUUUUGCCGUCUUGGAGUGGGUGCAUAAUCCUGUUUCCUGAUUUAACAGUUGUUGAAGAAUUACAUAGUUUUGCAUGCCAAUUUAGGAGGGGAGGGGAGAAGAACAGGUAAUGGUGGGCUCCAUGAGGUUUGUGUCUUGGAAAAGCCUGAAAGUAUGAUAGUAAUGGUGCGAUCUCUUUCUCUCUCUCUCCUCACCCCUCCCCCCCACCCCUUUCUUGCCUGGCCCCCUUUUCCUUCCUCCUCUACUGCAUUCCUUCUGCAGCCUCUGAAAACCAUCUCCAGAGUUCUCACCCUCUCUGCAAAGGACGAGCCCCUCUGGCUCCCACUCAGACCCCCGAACUCUAGGGAACAACAG